ACAACUCUGCCAGCAAUCCGGGAUUUCAUUUGGCAACGCUGCCAGAAACUUAGCGGACACCAGACUUUUCAGCAUCAGAGAGGGCAGCUGGGGAAAACGCCUGCAUGGGUGCAAGGUCUCCUUCUGGCCUCCUGCAACGUCUGUGUCUGGCAGGACUCCUUGCAUGGUGCUGUGCCCUUCCUGAGUGCUCCCUAGGAAGGCAAUGAUGAUCACGUUCAUGAACAACUCGGACAGCGAGGAGGAGCCCUGCAAUGAGAGAACAUCCCUGAUGUCUGCAGAGAGCCCUCCAGUACCCUCCUACCAGGAUGGCCUGCAAGCCUCAGAAGCAGGGGAAGCGCAGGCACGUAGGAAGAGGCGAACAGGUAGCAACCGUAGCCCUAACAGUAUUGCUGAUGGGGAAAUGUCUGACUCGGGUGUUCCAGUGAGAGAAAGCGCCUUGGAAAAUGAAGAGGAGGAACUGACUCUGAAAUAUGGAGCAAAGCAUGUAAUCAUGCUCUUUGUGCCUGUCACCCUUUGUAUGAUUGUUGUCGUCGCCACCAUAAAGUCAGUGCGCUUCUAUACGGAGAAAAACGGGCAGCUGAUCUACACCCCUUUCAGUGAGGAUACUCCAUCUGUGGGCCAGCGUCUCUUGAACUCAGUGUUGAACACCAUCAUAAUGAUCAGCGUUAUUGUUGUAAUGACUGUGUUCCUAGUUCUGCUCUAUAAAUAUCGCUGCUACAAGUUCAUCCAUGGCUGGCUGAUCCUGUCCUCUUUGAUGCUGCUCUUCCUCUUUACCUACAUAUACCUUGGUGAAGUAUUGAAGACGUACAACGUGGCCAUGGAUUACCCCACUCUGUUCUUAGUCAUCUGGAAUUUUGGAGCUGUUGGAAUGAUUUGCAUCCACUGGAAAGGUCCCUUGCAGCUCCAGCAAGCAUAUCUCAUUAUGAUCAGUGCUCUAAUGGCACUGGUUUUCAUUAAAUAUCUACCCGAGUGGUCAGCAUGGGUGAUUCUAGGUGCAAUCUCCAUCUAUGAUCUGAUGGCUGUUCUCUGUCCCAAGGGGCCACUGAGAAUGCUGGUAGAAACUGCACAGGAGAGAAAUGAGCCCAUUUUUCCUGCAUUAAUAUAUUCCUCUGCUAUGAUGUGGACAGUUGGAAUGGCAAAGCCAGACACAGCAGCAAGGGGACCAAGACAGCAGAUGUGGGAUGCAGCUGAGGAUGAGAGAGAGAACCACAGAAGCCCUUCACAUGCAGAUUCUCAGAUGUCGGAGACGAGGAGUCCUGUUCCAACCCGCCCUACCACUUCUUUAGAAGAGCUCGAGGAGGAGGAAAGGGGUGUGAAGCUGGGCCUUGGAGACUUCAUAUUUUACAGUGUGCUUGUUGGGAAAGCAGCUGCCACAGCUAGUGGAGACUGGAAUACUACACUGGCCUGCUUUGUAGCCAUUCUCAUAGGUUUGUGCUUAACUCUUUUGUUACUGGCUGUUUUUAAGAAAGCGCUGCCUGCUCUUCCCAUCUCCAUCACCUUUGGCUUGGUUUUUUACUUCUCGACAGACAACCUUGUGCGACCAUUCAUGGACACCCUGGCCUCCCACCAGCUGUAUAUUUAGAAGAAGUGGGAGUUGGAGGAUUCUUUUUAAAGCUUUGCUGUGAAGUGUGGUACACUGUUUUGGAAUAAGUCAUAAAGUUUUACACUUAGUGCCCUAUAUUUCUAAGGAAAACACUAACUCUGUGACAUGAUGCAUACUAAAAAUCUAAUAGUUACAUGUUGAACUGAGAUUUUUCACAGGACUCUUGGACUCCGGUGAAAAGCGUGGCUCAUUGCUGAUGUCAGAGCAUUACUUUGAUGUUAUUUGAUGUGCACACUGGCUGUUACAAGCACAGAAACGUGUAUGUAGCAUGGGAUACUGGGGAGGUGAAGGGUUUGAUCUGUGCUUCCAGAAGCUAAGGUAUUUUAGCCCUGGAAUUGCAGUCGAGUUUAACUGUACACUAGAGUUUCUAACGCUUAACACUUCUGAAAUAUUGCGCAAACAUGCGGUGCAAGUAAAUUGUACCUGUAAUUAGAAAAGCAUAGCAGUCAGGAUGCACAGAACAGAGCAGUGCAUUACACCUGGUCGUGAGCAUUAGAGAAGUGAGGCUGAACUUCAUAAGCUGGCCUCUGUGCAUAUAACUUCUGUUGAAAUUGCCCCAAAUGCCUAUUUAUUCUGACCUUAGACAUAGGGAGCCAUGAUGGAUCUAGACGGGAUGUCAGUGGUGGGAUGGUUAAGCAUCAGGCUUCUGGUUCUGAGUGCAUCCACCACUGCACCUAACAGCUGAUGAAGGCAGGGCUGCCUGCUCCAGCACAUCAGAUUCUCAGCAUGGGAAAGCAAAUACUUUUUCCUGUCUCCUCCCAGUGUUUUAUCUUUUUUGAAAUCUUUUUCUGGGUCUAUACUACAAUCCUCAAAUUACCAUAAGGUGGAAAUUACUGCGCAGCUCCAGUAAAUCAGACCUGUAACUUCU